ACACCAGCUUCCGGUUUGAUCGUCAUGGCAGCUCACGCGAGUGAACUCGAGAUAGCCAAGAAGAAUUUAACCGACGCUAUAGGAGAUAAUGUUAAACAUUACUGGGCCAAUUUAAAGCUCUGGUUUAAGCAGAAAAUAAGCAAAGAAGAGUUUGACAUCGAAGCGCGGCGACUCUUGGCUCAGGACAAUGUUCAUGUUCACAAUGACUUUCUGCUGGCCAUUCUCACACGCUGUCAGAUCUUUGUGUCCACAGCAGAAGGGCCGGGCGCAUUACAGUGGUCGGGCGGAUCUGCAUCCAAAGCAGGCAAACCUAACCGAGGAAAGAAAAAAUUCCCCUCUGUUCGGCAGAAGUUUGACCAUCGGUUUCAACCUCAAAACCCUCUCAGCGCCGCUCAGCAGUUCAGUCCUCGCGAGGCGGCCGCAGACGAUGAGACGGAGGUGAGACUGAGCGCUCAGACGCUUUUACUGCCCACUAAAUGCCAAAUUGAAGCUCGAAUGAUGGUGAGCGCCUUUGAGAUGGGCCUGGACAACGUGACGGAGGACGCCGUCAGCUCCCUGCUCUAUGCUUUAGAGAUCCAUUUGAAAGAUAUCAUCACCGCUGUGGUUUCGCGGAGGAAAGCCUACCGCCUGCGGGACGGACACUUUCAGUAUGCCUUCGGAAGUGAUGUCACGCCCCGACCGUACCUGAAGAACAGUCUGGCAGCGUACCACAGCGUCACUGAAUGCCCCCCCGCGAGCGCCUCACUUCCCGUCGGCCCCCCUCCUCAAGUGUCACCGGAUGAUGCAGAGCAGCAGGCCGCUCUUCUGUUGGCCUGUUCCAGUGAUGUCAUCCCACCCCCUCUUCCACCCAUCAGCGUCUUUGAUAUCCUGGAAGCUCUGCAGGUUCAUCGCAGGAUAAUGCCGUCACACACAAUCUAUGCACUGAACAUGGAGAGGAUUCUAGCCAGACUUUGGCAUCCCAGCCGUGAGGAGUUGGAACAGGAUCACAUCCAUCGGCAGCAUCUUGCCACCAAAGACGGCCUGCUGGUGUACUGACAGAUGUAUAUCGAUGACAGCACAUCACGUCAUAUCAUGUGUGUCAGACAGGACGGUGAAAUCUGCAACACACUCGCUGCAGAAAAACAGCUUUCUGUGUAAAUAUUUACAGUUGCGUGCUUCUCUUUACUUUACAAAAGGACUCUGCUAUGCUAACGUGUGCAAGUGUUAAGAGCCUUCUUUUGUUGAAUGUUUUGUAAAUAUGUGUGUAUACAUGUAGCUCACUGAAGCUUUGUGCCCAUGUACAGAUGAUAUUUUUAUAGAAGUAUUUGUGCAUCACUAAAAUGUGAUUAAAUGCUGCCUUAAGACAUUCAACAUCGAAUAAAAAUCUUGUACAUUCAA